CUUCAGUCGAGAAACGAGUUUCAUGCCGAACGGACGCUUGCGCUGCGUCGAUUUCUCGCGGUAGGAAAACUGGGGAAAGAAUUCGCCAACUUUUGUUUAUUUACAUACGUUACAUGGCUUUUUAAUUGGCUACGCGCGAGAGUGUACGAAGUGUUCGAGUGUGUGCAAAAUAAUUUGCUUUAUUUUUUACAUUUUUUUUUUACGUUCACAAGUGCCUACCGAAAAAAAAAGAUAUAACCAAAAAAAUAAAAAUAGAAGAAAGAUAGAAAAAGAGAGUGUGUGAGAGUGUGUUAACCUGAGUACAGGCAUUAUGGACCGAUGCAUGUGAACUGACAGGAAAUAGAGCGCUAUUAAGCCAACAGCACAUCACAUCACAUCACACAUCAAAAGGCAGUUAGAACCAUGGAAAGACGCGGCCCAAACAGAUUUGCUAAUUGAGGUCGUUGUCUAGAUUUCGCAGCGCACAAAUCACACGCCAUUUUCUAGCAUGCUCUAGGAAUAUUACGAAACCCAUCCGAAAAUUUAAGGCGAACGCAAAACUGCACAAGUUGAGACACGUUUGAAACGGAAACGGAAGUUGGUGCAGGAGGAAGGAGCGGAGAACGAGUGAGAGAGAGAGAAGAAAACAUUUCGGAAGCCACGCCCACAACAUGAGCAACAUGAAGGGCGGCUUCUCCACACUGAAUCGCUGGUUUGGCCGCAAAAAAGACAAAUCCGGCACUGGCAGCUCCUCGAUGGGCAAGCUGUCCAAGUCGUCGACUCAGCUGCAUCAUCUGUCCACGGACACGGACAUCAACGAGACUAGUCAGCUGGAGUACAAUCGGAUAACACCAGUGCCGGCGGCCACCAGCAAUGCGCCCUUCGAGCAGACCUUCCGCAUCACCGUCCUGCUGCCCAAGGAUCAGCUUUUUGUGGCCCGAUUGGGAGCCAGGGUUCCCCUGAGCAAGCUCCUUUCGCUUGUCUGCGACAACAAGCAACUGGAUGCGGAGAAGUACGAGUUUCGGAGUCCAGUGGAUGCUAGUCAGGUGUACAGCUGCGAAUCGACGAUCGGAGCAGUUGGCCUUUCGGAGAUCCGCUUGUGCCACAAGUCGGAGUCCUACGACAACUUCAAUCCGGAUGUGAUGCACAAAUUUCAACGCACCGGAGUCGCUCGGGAUUCGUUGAGCAGCAGCUCGGACUUCAGUAGCAGCCGGCACUCGAAGGUUACGGCCAAAACGCCAAGUCCUUACAGUUCCAGCAACUCACUGAACUCGAUGGACUCCACGGGGAUGAACUACACCCGUACCCCGGUGGUGGUGCCUCCGGCAAAGAUAUUGGCACCACCGCCGCGCAAAAAGCGAACGGCUCCGAGGCCACCAAGCCAGAUUUGUAUUCCGGAGCAGUCGGUUCCGGAUAUUCCGGCAGCUAACUUGAAAAGCGAGCCCGCCUAUGCGGUGAUUGUCAAGCGCCCUCAGCUCUGCAUGUCCACGCCAAAUCUCUCCGGUCCUCCGGAGGUGGACUGCAAUGGCAAUAGCUCAAAGUCUCCGGAUGAUGACUCCGUUGAUGGUCAUUAUGCCACGUUGGAUCUGAAGCCUCCGGUUGCAGGCGGUCCGGAACCCACGCCCCGGAAACGAUUGCUGCAAAUUAAAAAGAAAACAGCACCGGCUCCACCGCCAGAUUUCCAAAGUGGUGGUGAUAAUGUAUCACUGGCUUCGCUUCCGGAACCGGUAACACCAACUCCGAAUGUACCGCAACCAGCUCCCAGGAUUACAACACCUCUGCCCAUUGCUCCGGCCACCAAUCCUCCACUGCCCCAAAUCAAUGGGAAUGUGAAUGGAAAUGGAAAUGGAUCACCACCAACCAACGGAAAUGUGUCCAAAGUGCUUCUAAAUAGAACUCCCACCCCGGAACCCCGAUCUUUGGGCAGUGCCACCGAGGAUGAUGACAACGACACGGCUUCGAAGCAAGCGGAUUCGGGCAUUGGAGAGCCAGCACCAUCGCCCUCGGCCUCGCCAGAACCAGAGGCGGAGAAAUCGCAACAAGAAUCGAGUUCGGAGGACGACGAGGCCAUCAAGGUGUACAAUUUCAAGCUGUGCCAAACCUCCAAGAAGGGUGAGCCCAUAGCCACCAGCUUGGCGGAAUUGGCAGUGCUGACAGCCCAGGAAAUCGAUGAGGAGGAGGAGGAGAAGCUCCAAAUGCAGCAGCAGGUGACCAGGACCAAUGGCAUUCUGGCCACCCCCAGUAGCGAGACCUCACUCUCCUCGUGGAAUUACUCGGUGCCCAUAUCUCCACCGCCAGACUUUUCCGAUCAGCAAAUGCAAACACGCAAUGCGGCCUCGCUGAGUUCUGGCUCGCCACUGGACGAGAUUGUGGAUGAACUGGCCACUAUAAUCCACCAACAGCGCCUGGAUACGUUGAUAAAGAAGCAGCCCGAUCCUCGACUGGCUGAAAUUGAGGCGGCAAAACCGAAUCGCUUGGCCAAUUUCAGCAUUGCCACGGCCAAAAGUACGACAAGAAUUGGUCGAGCCGACUCCUUUCAGGCUGGAGGAUCUGGUGGAGAGGCGGAGGUAACCUCAUCCGGAGGAGGAACUCUGAGUCUUCGCAGCUCUUCCCAUGUCUCCCUAAACAAACUGGAGCAGAAUGGCAACGGCUUGGGUCAGAGGCGCUCCUCCAGUGAGUUGAGCAUUGGUGAAUCGCCUUCAUUGCAAAGCCUGGAAGUAAUCAAGACCAUCUUGAACUCGAGAAAGAACAGCCUGGCUGAAAGUGGAGGCAGUGCAUCAUCGCCUGUUACAGAGCAACCAAAGAUCAUUAAGGAGCUGGAGAACUUGACCAAAGAGAAGCCAUCAUCAGUGACUGAUGCUAAGGCCAUCAGUCCUUCUCCCAAUAGCAUUCCGAAGCAGUCGCCCACUCCUGUCCAAAAACAGUCUCCCACUCCUGUCCAGAAACAGUCGCCUCCAACAGUUGAAAAACCAUUAUCUGCCAUUCAAAAAGUUGAGCAGGAACCUUCUUCUAUUCAAAAACAGUCACCUCCUUCCCCUGUCCUGAAGCAAUCACCUACUCCAAAACAGAAACAGCAGCCUUCUCCAGUUGAGAAGUCAUCAUUACCUCCAGUGGUGACAACUGUCCAGGAGCAGGUGACUCUCGUGGUUCAGAAGGAGCCAGCCGUCCAGAAACAAUCACCGCCGGUGGCCAAGAAGAUGACACCUCUUCCAACUCCAAAGCCAUCGCCUCCGUCUGUUAUCAAGGUACCGGAACCAUCGCCGCCUCCAGUUCAAAAACUUUUGAUUCAGCCUACUGUUCAACCGAUCAAAGAAGAAACCUCCGUCUCGACGAGCUCCCGAAACACCAUAACACCUCCGAAUUCCCCAGCCACACCAGUCAGUCCUGUAAACCUGAGGAACCCCGAGAACAGAAAGGUGGAAACCCAGACAAGUCAGCAGAUUGAAUCCGCUCCGAGCUCCAAGCCUCUGCCACCCACAUAUCGCUAUUCCGGGCCACCCAGCAUCAACUUUGCCACCUGGAGCGAACGACCCAAGUCCACUGUGGCCAUCAAGAACGAAGGAGACUACAUCUUUGGCGGGGCAGGAAAGUCCCAAAAGGUGACCUCACCACCGCCUGCCAAGCUGACCAUCGAAGUAGCCUCACCCAUUUUGAGGAUGGGCAUUCCCCAGAGGAAGGAAUACCACGUCCCCAUUACGGUUAAGCCGCUAAAGGAUGUGAGUCAGGAGAACCAGCAGCAGGAUAAGCCGGAGGUUCCGGUUGCGGUGGAAAAAGAGCAGCAGAUCCAGGAGGAAACAUUUUCGGUUCAAGUGAAGCUUAAGACGCCAGCCAAACCUCUUGAGAAGCCACAAGUUCAGACCCAGAAUACAAUCCAAAACCAAUCCUCUACGCUGCCGCGUCCAGCCAAAAGCAAUCGAUUUACUCUACCCGCUGGCAAUAGCAAUCACCAGGUGGCCUCCAGCUUGGCCAGUAACUCCUUGCCACGGCCGGUUUCUAGUUUGGAGAGAAAUAGACCAGUGGAGGCCAAUCCUGCUCCUGCUCCCUUUGGACAGAAUACCCUGCGCCGCACGGGAUUCAAGGAGCGAAUGUUGGCCAGAGAGCAGCAGGAACAGGAGCAGGCCUUGAGGAUAAGGGUGUCCGUUAAUGGGACCACUUCUUCUCCUCCUCCUCCCCCAGCGGCCACGCCCACAUCCCCGCCAGAAAGCAAGCCAGCACCGCCAGCAAAGAAUGUGAAUGUGGUUUUGAAGUCCACCAAAGUGGAGCUGAAGCUCCAGGAGCCGGAAAUUAAUGGUAGGCCGGUGAGCCUACAGGUCAAACUGAAGCCCACAUCACAGCCGGUGGCCACGCCCUCACCACCGCCACCGCCUGCGCCCCAAAUGGUUCCGGCCCUGAAACCCGUGAAAACCAACGGGACACGCAGUGGCCUCAUAACGCCGGAUCCACGUUCCCAACUACUGGAUGCGAUACGGAAUUUCAAACGCGAGGAGCUCAACCGAUCCUGAGUAUCGAAAAUAUUACACUAGCAAAAACCCAGGCACAAAAUCACAAAUGCAGCGCACAAGUUAUAUAUUUUUUAAAACGUUAACAGUAAAUUUUGUGUUGAGUUUGUAAAUAAUUUCGAAAAAAAGCCAAGAUAUAGUAGAACUUUUUUUUCACCCUAUCCCCGCGCUUUUAAAGCGCCUAAUACCCCCAUUUUUUUUAACUAAUCUUAGUUUUUUUGUUAUGAACUAUGUAGUUUUUUAAAAAUUUGUUUUAGUCAUAGGUCACAAGAGAAACCCAAAAAAAAAGCAAGAUAAUAAAAAACGAAAAGCGAAAAAUUAAUAUAUAUAUAUAUACACAUGUACGUUAUUAUGCCUAUAUAAUAUUUCGUAUGUCAUAGUGAAUUAUAGUAACCAAUUUUCUAACCAAUGGGACUGGUCUACUUAACCAAGAAAACAGUGGCCCUGAAUGACGACUGAAAUCUUCUAAAGGAAAAGCGAGAAAAAUAGAAGAUGGAAAUUUAAUCUAUUGAACAGUAAAACUAAAGAUUAAAGAUUAAAACAUAAAUCCUAGUAGAAGCCCCGUAUUUAAUUAGGAAUCAGCCAAUAAAAUCUAUGCAACAAGAGCGAAGGAUAAAACGUGAAGAAAUAUAGAAAUAAUAGAUGUGCUUAGAAUUGAGUAAAGGAAAAUUAAAACAAUGUGUUAUGUGCACUAGAUUUUGAAUUUCAGCUUACAAUUAAUUAGGAAUAUUAAUGAAGAACAGUAUAUCAAAAGCAAUGGCACAUGAAUUACUAUAAAAUCAUAGAAAUAAUCAAAUAUUGCAGGGGCUUGAUAAAGAAUAAUGUGAAUUCUGUCUACGAAUUUAGGAAUCUUCUUAUUAAACAUUUAUAUUAUCGUGUCAAACAAACAAAAAACAAAUUGUAGCGAAAGCAAGCAAACCCAAAACCGAGAGUUAAUAAUGCUAAUAAAUUAUUUUAAAGCAACUGCAGUUUAUGCAUUUAGCGCUCAUGUAUAUAUAUGGCAUUGUAUUAAACUGAAUAAAAUAAAAUACACAAUUAA